CGAUAUACCAAAUUUUUAUGCCACUAACGUUCGCAGCGAUUUGUUUAAUGAGAAUGUGAAUGCAUUCCCAUUUUUAAGAUGCGACGCUUUAAAAUUUGUUAUGUUAUUCCGCAAUCACUUACCAAUCGAAGAAUUAAUUCAAGUUAUCUCAGCAAUUCUUGCAACACUUUCUUCAUCCCAUAUAAUCUUACACCAGUAUGCUGCGGUAGCACUGGAAAGGAUAUUAUUGGUACGAUUGAAGAAUACUGAUAAGUUAUUAUUUAAUUGUGAUAAUGUAGUUGUUGGUCCUUUAAUUUCUUCGUUAUUCAAUUGCUUCUCCAUUUAUCCAAAAGCGCAAAAUUCUCAUUAUUUGAUGAAAGCUGUUAUGCGAUGUUUCAACAUAAUCGAUAAUGAAUCUGCGAAGCAUUCCAAUGAAAUUAUUGAUAGAAUGACAAAUAUGAUCGCAACUGCUGUUAAGACACCGGUUGAUCCUCUUCAUAUCCAUUAUGUGUUUGAAUCACUUUGUAUUCUUAUCAGAAGGGCUUAUUUGAUAGUCGAUGGCGGAAUCGAUAAAUAUGUAAUACCUUUGAUUGAAAACAUUCUUGCGAAUGAUGUAAUUGAAUUCACACCGUAUUCUUUACAGCUUACUGCCGUAUUACUUGAUGAAGCAUAUGAACAAAAAAAAAAAACAGGAACGUCAUUGAUUGAUAGUUAUUUACCAUUUUUCAAUUAUCUUAUGAAAGAAGACUUGUGGAAUCGAACAGCAAAUAUUCCUGCUGCUUUACUAGUAAUUGAAUCAUUUCUUCAAUGCAGUAGCGAAAACAUAUUGGCGAAUCAUUCAUCAAUGAUUCAAGCUAUCUAUCAAAAGCUGAUGGGCUCAAAAGCGCAAGAUCAUUUUGGAUUCCAGUUGGCAAUUUCUCUGGUACCUAAAGUGGCAGUUAAAUCAAAUAUACAGGUGCUGGAAUCCAUUCAAAGUGGGAUGUUUAAAAUGGUAAUUGAAAAAGUCAUCACGGUUGAAUUGAAUGAAAUGAGUCGGAUAUUAAGAUUUGAAGAAAAGCGUAUAUGUUGCAUUGGUCUAAUUAAUUUAACCGUGGAAACAGCUGAUUACUUGGGUGAAUAUUAUGCUGUCAUGGUAGAAGGGCUUGUGAAAAUUGCCGAAACAUCUGUCUAUGAUGCUUCAGGAAUUGAAGAUCAAUGCGAUGAACAUGAGUUGAUUGAAGCCUAUAAUGAUCGUUAUUGUAAACUUGUGUAUGCUCAGCAUAAAUUCACUCUUGCUGUUGAGAUCCAAAAUUUCAAAGGUUAUUUGCACUUUUCUUAG